AUGGUCAAUACCCAAGGCGAUGCUCGUCCCGAGACGGACCAACCAACGGAGGCCACCGUCACCGGGGCUGAAGCUACUGGAGCACACAAUUGCUUCAUGUGCACUCGUUCGGAUAGUGCCGCUAACCUUGUUGGUUGCGACGAUUGCUCAGCGUGGGCCCACUUCGACUGUGCUGGCGUAACCGCGUCAGUUAAGGAUAAAACCUGGAAGUGUAACACAUGUUGUGCUAAAGAUAAGGCUUUGAAGAAUCCAUCACUAGCUCGUUCACGGACCAGUAGACGAUCGUCACGCGUGGAUGAAAAUCUACAGAUGCUGGAAGAACAACAGCAGAUAGAGCUACAGGCGUUAGAUGAAGAGGAAGCAGAAAGGAGAGACUUCCGUAGGAAAAGAGUAGCAAUAAAGCAGGAUUAUGUAAAGCAAAGAUACGAAGUUCGACGAGAAGGAUCUCCGAGCGACAGAAGUGACAAGAGUAAUUCCAGUCGUGGCAGAACCGAGACCACAUGCAAGGUCUGCUUCGACACUAUUGGCGAAGGAUAUCCCAGCACCACUCAUCCCACCAUUCCCGCCGUAGUUCUCCCUAGUCUGUGCGGUAGUUUGUCGGAUCUAAGAAUAGGAACCCUGCAAACUACUGAGACUAGCAGAUCUCGCUUGGUACCGAGAGUGAGUUUACCCGAGACCUUUCUCUCUCGAACGGCACAGGUGAGCUCUACUGCGACGCAUCUCGGCGAACCGACAUCGAUUAGCCUUACUGAACUGGCAGGACCUCUACCGUUUUCCGCAAGCAAAGGCGUUCCAUACACAGAUAUUAGUGGCCUUCCAGUAUCCUUUGACAGUCUGUCAGGAAUAUCCGGAAUAGGAGAUCCUAUUCUUCCCGUGGGUGAUCGAAGACCUCUGUCCGCUAUACCCGAGGAACAAGGUAUUCACACAUACCCAGUUGCUUCCUUCUCUUCAAGUGUAAAUUCGCAGUUCCACCAUUCCGGAGAAUCCACUUACAGAGAUUCUCGAGUAGCGCAUCCCCCUUAUCCGUCUUAUGUCCCCAUCAACAACACUGCACAAGUUACUUGGAUUACACAACCUGGCAAUUCCGUUCCUAUACCGACAGUCAUAAGUUCCCUCCAAUCCAAGACGGCUCCAAUUGCUAAUCAUGGACCUGUGAGUAUAACUCGACCGAAUGUGCAAUCCUUCUUCAACCAUCCCGAAUGGACUGCAUCUCAAAAUGUGAAUUCGACGACCGACUUUCAACGACCUGAAACGGGGCCAACGGAACUACCGCAUCAGGCCGUCACCAAUUCCCAACUUGCAGCACGUCAAAUAAUGAAUCGGGAACUUCCAACUUUCACAGGCAAUCCCCAUGAUUGGCCUCUAUUUUUUGGAACAUUCAGAAAUAGCACAGAAUUGUGUGGUUUCACUUAUGCCGAAAACCUAGCCAGAUUGCAGCGAUGCUUGCAAGGUGAGGCAUUAGAAGCAGUGAAAAGUAAAUUACAGUUCCCAGACUCUGUUCCGUACAUAAUGGACACACUUCAGAUGCUUUACGGACGCCCAGAAAUUUUACUUUUUUCUAUGUUGCAAAAGCUACGUCGUACGCCCCCGCCUAAACAGGAAAAUCUAAGGUCGCUUAUUGCAUACGGGCUUGCCGUUAGAAAUGCCGUAGACGAAAUGAGCGUCGCAAAUUUGGCGGAACAUAUAUGGAAUCCGAUGUUACUGUUCGAGCUCGUAGAAAAACUACCACCACCAACAAAAAUGGAAUGGGCGCGUUAUAAGCGACAGUUUUCUCAAGUGAAUCUGGCGACUUUUAGUGAAUUUAUGUCGGAACAGAUCGAAACGGCCUCUGACGUUGUUAUGCCUUACGGUAUGCCGUUUACUAUGGAGAAGGCAGGGAAACCCGGGCGCGAUAAACAAAAACUCAACGUCCAUCUAGAAAACUCAGCGGUCGAUGACGAUUCGGAAGGCGAUCCUACUCCCGCAAAGCGUUGUUCUUACUGUAAUGAUCCCAGCCACGAAGUUAUGUACUGUGGGCAAUUCCAGACUCUGGACCUGCAUGGGCGGUGGACGGCGGUAAAGCGGAGGGGAAUGUGUCAAACCUGCUUGGUACCUCAUAAGAAAGGACCCUGCCGCUCUAGAAGAGUGUGUGGCGUUGAAGGCUGUAGGAAUCGACACCACGCCUUGUUACACUCCGGAGUUGCCGCUAAGAAUGCGCGAAAAACGGAAGAGACAUCCAGACCCCAGGGAGAGUGUUCCUACCAAAACCAUCAUUACGGGUCAUCAUUUGUACUGUUUCGAUACCUACCAGUGGACUUACACCACAAUGGAAAAAGCGUGAAGACUUUCGCGUUUCUUGACGAUGGAUCCUCAUCGACGUUGAUGGACGCCUCUAUCGCAACGAAACUGGGCAUCACAGGACCCGACGAACCACUGUGGCUGACCUGGACCAGCGAAAUUUCACGUGAGGAAAAGGGAUCCCAAAGAAUUUCCGUGCAAAUCUCUGGCCAGCAUUCUGAAAAAAGAUUUACGAUGAAAAACGUUCGAACUGUGGAGCAAUUAAAGUUACCAAAACAAUCAUUCGAUUACGAUGCGAUGCAGACCAAUUUUCCUCACUUAAAGGGUCUUCCGCUAAACAGUUACACCGACGUCAGACCAAUGCUUAUCGUCGGAGUUGAACACGUGAGUCUUUUAACACCCAUAACCCUCCGGGAAGGUCGCCACAACGAACCGAUAGCAGCUAAGACACGACUGGGAUGGUGCGUGUACGGUAAGCAGAUUAAUACAACCAAGAACUUUGAAAGCUUAAAUUUACACUUGGAGCAACAAUUUGGAAACCAGCAGCUACACGAUUUGAUGGGUCGUUUCCUUAAAUUGGAAGAAACUUUAGUUAUUAAAGAGCCGGAUUUCACCUUAGAAAAAGCGGCAUUGGAAAUACUGCAGCGAACCACGCGACGUGUAGGCGAUCGUUUUGAAACCGGGCUGCUGUGGAAAUACAAACACCGUUGUUUUCCAAACACCUUUCCCACAGCAGCACGUCGCGAGGCUAGCUUAAAUAAACGCCUGCAAAAGGAUCCCGAGCUUUAUGAAAUUGUCCGGACUCAAAUUGCCAGCUACUUGGAAAAGGGCUAUGCUCAUAAAAUCACCCAUCAAGAAUUGAUCGAGACUGAUCCGAAUGAAGUCUGGUACUUGCCACUGGGAAUAGUGCGCAAUUCUAAGAAACCCCAAAAGGUGCGUUUGAUUUGGGAUGCUGCAGCCAAAACGAACGGAGUGUCGCUCAAUGACAUGUUAAUGAAGGGACCGGAUAUGGUGACGUCGCUUCCAGUUGUUCUGCUGCGUUUUCGCCAAAGGAGUGUUGCCAUAUCCGGGGACAUCAAGGAGAUGUUUCAUCAGGUGAAGAUAAGACCCGAAGAUAAGCAGGCUCAACGGUUCCUGUUUCGCGACCAAACGGAAGAAACGCCUCAGAUUUAUGUCAUGGACGUUGCUACAUUCGGCGCAUCCUGCUCUCCCUGCAUUGCCCAAUAUAUAAAAAAUAGAAACGCAGCCGAACAUGCUGCACAGUACCCACGCGCUGCUGAAGCCAUCGUUCAUGGACACUACGUCGACGACUAUCUUGCCAGUGUUGAUACAAUUGAGGAAGCUGUGGAACAGGUAAAUGAAGUCAGUCUUGUGCAUGCGCGGGGAGGGUUUGAAAUUCGCAACUUUCUUUCGAAUGCACCGGAAGUUCUCGAGAAAAUAGGCGCCCCUUGCCCUCUCGACAUCAAACAUUUGAAUCUGGAGCCAGGUGUGGAAGAACCGGAAAAGGCGGAACGAAUCCUGGGAAUGUUGUGGAAACCUCAUCAAGAUCUUUUCACCUUUAGCACUUCUAUGCAGCCAGCUAUCGAACAGAUAAUAAAUCAAGAGCACACACCGACUAAAAGAGAAGUGUUGCGAACAGUUAUGAGCCUGUUUGACCCUUUGGGACUGAUUGCUCACUUUGUAGUUCACGGCAAGAUUAUAAUGCAAGAACUCUGGAAAUAUGGCUCGGACUGGGAUGAUACUAUGCCUGAAGAGUUGCGAGCAAAAUGGAACCGAUGGACUAAACUUUUACCAAAACUCAACGAAGUCAGUGUUCCACGCUACUUCUUUCCAGGAAUUUCAAGUUCAAGUCUCAACGGACUGCAAUUGCACGUUUUCGUGGAUGCCAGCGAAUCCGCAUUCGCCUGCGUAGCUUACUUGCGUCAUAUGCAUGAAGGACGUCCUCAUUGUGCCUUGCUUUCUGCCAAAACCAAAGUAGCUCCCUUAAAGCCGAUAUCGAUGCCUCGAUCGGAGUUACAAGCAGCUUUGAUGGGUGCUCGCUUGAUGGAAACUUUGUUGGAAACUUUAGAGGUCCCGAUUGAUCGCAAAUUUCUGUGGACCGAUUCACUCACCGUUCUUGCCUGGCUACGAUCAGACAGCCGACGCUAUCAUCAAUUUGUAACCUAUCGUGUAGGUGAAAUCUUGGCUAAGACAUCGAUUUCUGAAUGGCAUCACGUACCUUCCAAACAAAAUGUUGCUGAUGACGCCACUAAAUGGGGAAAUGGGCCCAAUUUUAGUCCUAAUAAUCGUUGGUUUACUGGGCCCGACUUCCUUAAUCAAUCCGAAGAGAAUUGGCCAUCCGAUCGUAAGAAUUAUUCUUCCCCGGAAGACGAGCUCCGAUCCGCAUUUCUACAUCACGCUGAAGUUCCGGCUGCACUAAUUGACGUUACACGCUUCACACAAUGGAACCGACUGCUACGGGCUACAGCAAGUUUUCUACGAGCGGCGAAACGGUUUAAAAAAAUGUCAUUUUCUGGUUCAUUUAGUUCUGCCGAACUGUUAGAGGCAGAAACGUUCCUAUGGAAACAAACCCAAUUCGAAGUCUAUCCAGAAGAAUGUGCAAUACUGCAAGGUCACCUAGACGGAACGAAGUCCGCAGAUAUCCCGAAAACUAGUGAGUUACAUCCUUAUUCUCCUAUAAUGGAUCACGCGGGUGUCAUUAGGAUGGAUAGUAGAAUAGGGGCCGCUCCUAGCGCUACAACUGAAAUGAAAUAUCCAAUCUUAUUACCGAAGAAUCACCAUCUUACCAAUCUGCUUAUUCUCAACUAUCAUCAGUUAUUCCUUCAUCGCAACAACGAAACGAUUUGCAACGAGAUCCACCAAAAGUUUCGAAUUCCCAAUUUGCGCGUAGCUGUGCGCCGAGUAGCGAGGAAUUGUAUGGUUUGUCGUGUCCGCAACGCACGACCACACCCGCCCAGGAUGGCUCCUCUGCCGGCAGUUCGACUGACACCAUACAUAAAACCGUUUACCCACACAGGAGUGGAUUAUUUUGGACCACUUAUGGCCAAACAGGGUCGUAGUUUAGUGAAACGUUGGGUGUGUCUUUUCACUUGCCUCACCAUUCGAGCGGUACACGUGGAAAUCGCUAGUAGCCUCUCAACAAGUUCUUGUAUACUCGCAAUACGAAGGUUUAUAGCACGUCGUGGCUCACCAUCUUCCGUGUACUCCGAUAAUGGUACCAAUUUUCGGGGCGCCAGUAACAUUCUGCGGGAUACGAUUAAAAAUAUUAAUGAAGAAUGUGCAGCUACUUUUACCAAUACAAAUACUCAAUGGUAUUUCAACCCGCCCCUAUCCCCUCAUAUGGGCGGUGCCUGGGAACGGAUGGUAAGGUCCAUAAAGGAAGCGAUGGAAGCGAUUGGAAAUCAUCAACAGCAUCCUAGUGAUGAAGUCCUGGAAACGGUUGCUCUGGAGGCGGAGGCGAUCGUCAACUCCCGACCUUUGACAUAUGUGCCGCUGGAUCAUACCGAUGCGGAAGCCCUCACUCCAAAUCACUUCUUGUUAUACGGAGAAAAGGGUAUUACGCAGCCGCCUAGCCUUAUUCAAUCCGACGCGCGUGUGCAAACGCUAGCUGAUCUGUUCUGGAACCGAUGGAUUAAAGAAUAUUUGCCCACGAUUGCACGCCGGACAAAGUGGUUUGACUCAGUAAAACCAUUAGGAGCUGGAGAUUUGGUGAUUGUGGUCAACAAAAGUCAUCGUAAUGGUUGGGAACGUGGCCGCAUUUUGGAAGUUUACCAGGGAGCUGAUGGCCAAGUGCGACAAGCGCUGGUUCAAACUAGCAACGGAAUCAUUCGUCGCCCCGCAACUAUUUUAGCACUUCUUGAUGUUCAAGCACGGCACGAUACGGACGACCGGAAGUCCCCGAGACUACACGGGGAGGGGGAUGUUGUCGAACCCACUGUGCCGAGGUCUGAUAAGCUAAACACCCACGCCACGGCACCACACUCCAAACUUCCGUGA